UUUCCUCGGGAAAAACUAGUAAAAGGAGAUUUCAUAAGACUGGUCAUAAAUUCUUCAUCUAUUAUACUGAGAAAAGUUUCUGGUCUCUAACAAAAUGAACUGGAUUCAACGCAAGAUCUAUCUUUACAACGUAACUUUUGGUCUCUAUAUGCUGGAUUGGUGGGAGCGUUACCUCUUCAAUAUACUGGUACUUGUGUUGAUGUGGUUUAUUCUCUACAACAGUUCGCAGUACAUCAGCGAGUCCUACAAAAAGUAAGUCAAGGAUUCUCCCUAAUCUUUUUUCUACA